CUAUAUAAAGACUACAACUUCUAGUCAUUUUAUCACCACUUUCUUUUCAAAAUCUUUUGUUAUAUAUUUUAAAAAAAAAGUAUGGGUGUGAAAGGCAAGUUGAUCGCUUCAGUAGAAGUAAAGUGUGGAGGACACUUGGUUCACGAUAUAUUUCAUACCAAGACUCAUCAUAUAUCCAAUAUAUGCCCUAGCAAAAUCCAAAAUUUCGAGAUUCAUGAAGGUGAUUCCGUAAAAGUUGGUUCAGUCGUUAGCUGGAAAUAUAACGAUGAUGGAAAGGAUAAGAUUUCAAAGCAAAUGAUUGAAGCCAUCGAUCAUGAAACCAAAACAAUCACUUGGAAAUUGAUUGGUGGAGAUCUGUUAGAGUUGUACAAUUCCUUCACUAUUAUCACAUCAUGUGACCACGAAUGGACUACAUGGACAUUUCUGUAUGAGAAGAAAACUGAAGACAUACCAGAGCCUCUCGUUCUCUUGGGUUUUGUCCUUCACGUUACAAAAGAUAUCGAAGGUCACCUUCUCAAGUAAUAAAACAUCAAUGCUACUCAAUGGCUCAUAGCCCUAUUUAUACAUAUGCAAUAUAUAUAUAUAUAUAUAUUGUACACACAAAUAUGUAUGUGUGUGUGUGUGAUAUUGACUAGCUAGUUCUGUCUAGCUAGCUAGUGUGUGAAAUAAAUAAUUAUGGUGUUUGAAGAAUAUAUUAUGUAUGUUCUUCUCGUUCUAGAGAUGUAUUUUUAAUGUUCAAUAUAUGCAAAAUAUUAUCAAAAUUUACCAA